AUGUCUCAAUCUGGAUUUGGUUGGGAUAAUGUGAAUAAAAGAGUUGUUGUCGAAGAUCCAAGUAAAUGGGAAUCUCACAUCAAGGAGAAUGUAGAGUGGGCAAAAUUCAAGAAUGAUGGAUUUCCCCAGUAUCCCGAGCUAUGUAUUGUAUUUGGUGGUACAUAUGCUACUGGAGAAUAUGGCAUUGGAAAUGCUCAAGAUUUGACGGUGUCGGAGGAAGAUGACAAUGGUGAUGGCAAUGUAGGCGGUGACAACAGUGGUUGCAAUGCAUAUGGUGACAACAGUGGUGGCAAUGCCUAUGGUGAUGAUGGUGGUGGCCAUACAGAUGACUUCAGUGAUCACUACACUGAUGAGAGAGUCUUUACAUCAGACAAUGCUGCAACUUCAACUCGUGGAAAGCACAAAAUGGAUAGGACUCCAAAUACUAAGAGGAGAAGGAAGAGUAUCCAUAACAAUAUUGAUGACACUUGCAAAGCCAUACAAGACUUUUUGAAAGUUAGGUCAAGUCAAUAUGGUAGUGGCUCUGCGGCCUCUGGGGUUAUGCCAUCACCUGUGGACCCUUUCUCCGUAGUUGAUGUGAUGGACAUUCUAAUUAGUAUGCCUGAGAUAGACCAAGAUGUUUACAAUAAAGCAAUGGAACGAGCAUGCAAUAGUGCCUCAUGGAGGGUGGCUUUCAUUAAAUCCCCACCUGAAAGGAGAAAUGGACUUCUUUAUCAUCUUUAG